UGCACCAAUAGAUUUUAUAAUGUGGCCACGAGUUUGAAACAGUCAGUUGUGGGUUGUUUGUGAGCAUUGACAAGUUGGAUAGAUACAAUCGGUUUGGAAAGAUGUCUACAGCUCAGUUUUCAUCGUUUUACGAUGUCGGAGAUGUACUGUAUCAGAACCGACGAAAUAACCAACUGAAGACUCAGUUGUGUUCUGACCGGAAGAUAAUAGGCACGGGGAUGAACAACACCAGCCCCCCGAGAAACAGAAACUUUUCCACGGAUUCAAGCAGUGCUUUUGUACCGGUGACGGGUCGAGCAUGUACCACGAGCUUCGUUCCGGGACCAAAUUCCACAGCGUCGACGAAAGACGACGACCUCUCGCCCGCGAGGGAGCACAAAAAGUUGGAUCGCAGUCUAAGUGAACCCAUCGGCAGCGACCGGCUCGGCAAAAACGGAACGAAUAUUAACUCGAGCCGCUACAAGACGGAAUUGUGCAGGCCGUUCGAGGAGAGCGGACAUUGUAAAUACGGUGACAAGUGCCAGUUCGCGCACGGCGGACACGAACUGCGCAAUCUCGCGCGCCACCCCAAGUACAAGACUGAUCUUUGCCGUACAUUCCACACUAUUGGAUUCUGUCCGUACGGACCCCGGUGCCACUUCAUUCACAACGAGGACGAGAGGAUCCUCAGUCACAUAGUGGUCAAGAACCAGCAAGCCAACUGCGUCCAGCCAUCCCCCAUCGAGCGACCCUCCUCCAUCAAAUUCAACAGUCUGUCCAGUUUGGGGUCGUCCCUCGACUCGCCCCCCUCCAGCGACUCCGGCAGUGCGAGCCCCACGUUUUUCACGGACGACAUUUACAACAGUGUUCCAUUUUCAUCAUCAGGCAGCGGGAGCGGCAGUUCCAGAUCAAGUCCAGUGUUUAAUAGCUACUCUCCCGUCACUGCCCUGGGUCCCCAGAACUCUAUGACCGCCCCUCUGAACGUACAGACGCAGCUGAACAACGUGAACACCUUGGAGAUACUCCGACUACAGCAGCAGUUCACCAGUGUGAUGAAUUUCAACGAACAAAACAACCACCCCUCUGUGUUCGAGGACAACUUCUCCUACAGGGAGAUCAACCAGUGUUCAAGUGACGUUUUCUGCGCACCCCCAUCCUCUCCUGAAUCCAUCUCUGGCGAUUCGGUCGGAAGUACGGGCUCCGGCAGUGCAUACAGUACGUGUGGGUCUCCGCUGGAAGUAGGUAAAACUCUUAGAUUGCCAAUCUUCAACAGGUUGUCACAGGAGAACUAGCGGUCCUGAUCAUGUGUCGGGGUGGGGUGGGUGUUUCUUUUCUACUUACUGCCUUAAGGUUCACACCUUGAAUACUUUUCGAGAAACUUUUGUGAGAGAAAGAUGGAGAUCUUUGCACAUUCAUUCUCCCAAUAUUGAUGUGUAAUAUUCUUAACUUUAAUGAAAUAUUAUUUAUGUACAUUGUAUAAAAAUGUUAAUUAUUAUUUUUAUUCAUGUAUUUAUUUGGACACCCUUGUCGCUUUCAGUACCACGUGUGUGUGGUAUAACUAAUGGAGUGUAACCCCUGUUGGACGAAUUAUAUGAGAGGAAAGAAGAAUAGACUCGUGUGGUGAAUUUCAUAAUUGUGUGUGAAGAGGGGAUCGCCCAUUGACAACCAAGGACCAUAAUUCCAUAUUAUUUCACGUUUUUGAAGUAUUAUUUUCAUGUUGGAAAAGUGCCUUUUCGUGUGGACAGUCUACUGACAAUGGCAGGGACCGUCUCGAAAUUUCUUUUUUCUUUUCGUAACCGAUGGACCAACUUAACUUAUGCAAUUAUUUAUUGAAUCUAUGCAUUUCACUAGGACUUCGAAUGCUCUGUAUCAGGUUUUUGUACAAGAACAGUAUAAUAGAUUUAUAUAAAUACGUUUAUAUAUUUGUUUAAAUUAUGUCACCAAAGAGGUCUCUUCAUUUAAUAUUCAUUGUUUGACAUUUCCUUUCAUUUGUAUAAUUGCCAUCAUUUGUAUUUAAUACACAAUUAUUUCAUUUAAUUCAAAUGAAACUUUCAAACCGCUUAUUGCGAGUAUUAAAAUGUUGAAAAUUU